AUGAAGAAGAAAAAACAUGCCAGUGUUUGUGAACCUAAACAACUUCUGAAUCUCUCUCCCAAAGUAACAAAUUGUUGCAAAUCACUGUGGUUGAAAUACAGUUUUCAGAAGGCUUACAUGACCCGACUUGUCAGCUCCCAGCCAGUUUCAGCCAUGUCAAGGAACCCAGAUCACAACCCACCUUCUCAGCCCAAGGAGAAUAGCAUUGGCCAGAACCAUCACCAGGAGGAAACAAUCCACAAGUUGGCCAGGCAGCUGAGAAACAUCGGGGACAGCAUCGAUCAUAGAAUGGUUCAAGAGGAUUUUCAACAAGAAGGCAGAGCUAUCCUGGCUCAUUUUGCCUUAGUUUUCUUUGGAGGAGUUCACAUGUUGUUGCGCUUUCUCUGGAAUAACCAUGUGUGAUGUAAAAGGAACAUAAAUGUCAGGUUCUGCU